AUGAAAAAAAAAAUUCAGGCAAUCUGGGGCGUACCCUCCUGGACAUGUACAGGUAAUCACAGCGUCAAUGUCAGCAAAUAUGGAAUUUCAGAAAAUUCUGGUAAAAUCCUCUUUUUUUGCUGAAAAUUUCUCCUUUUUCAGAUCAAAGUUACGUCGGGGGGACUGAAUUUGUGAUUUUCUACGAGUCCACUUUUGGUGCCGUUCCAUAUUUUCAGAAAUAUAACACUUCGAGGCCUUUGAAUGGAGGAUUACCUCAGGUAAGAGAAAAAGGAAAUCGGGUUGAUGGAAGUUUUGGCAGCACUUUUCACUUUGGGGUUAGGAAUUUCUUAAAAAUUGGUCAGCAGACUUCUCGAUGUACCUGAUGAAGAUUCUGAAAGUUCCAAUCUGCACAGCCUUCUAGUUUCCGAGAAAUAAGGGCUCACAGCUCCCCACAAAGCUAAUUUUAAAGAUUUUGAAUUUUUUCUUCAAUUUUGAGGUGACCUUUCUUUAGAACUAGAAAGUUAUACUAGUUGAAACUUUUGAAAUCUUUUUCUGGUUAAAGGCAUAAAGGCAGUAAGAAAUGGGGUUUCAGGGGAAAUCAGUAUCUUAUAUUCCUUAUAAAUAGAAACUUUUAAGGACGAAAAGAAUUUUAGUGACAAUAGAAAAAAUUGAGAUUUGAAAGAAACGAAGAAAAAAGCGAAAAUCCGGAAGAUGGCGAAGCCUGUUGUCCAUAGAGCAACUUUGCUGCAAAGCGCCCUUUUCGCGGGAACUCAAGCUUUCCUCUUUCCGACUUUGAAUUAUUUUUUUUCCAAAACUAGGAACCUCUGUACGUUUCCAAGUUUACCGUUCGAUUCGCAAAGAAAAGCUCUACAAAGUACUUUCAUGAACUGAAACACCGUUUUUUACUGCUCCCAUGCCUUUAAUCAAUGAGCGUUAUGACCGACUUUCAAAAAAAUUCCCAGCCGCAAAUCAAAAUUAACUUCCAGAUGAGCUUCUCUCAAAUCCAAAUGAAGCGUUCAAAGUCUCAUACGUUAAAUUUCCUGAAAUUAGGAAGUUUUCUCGAUUUUGGAAGAUCCUUAAAGUCAAGUUUACUCUUAAUUAUACAAUCUUUCAAAAAAAACCAUUUCACAGUCCUUUGGACUUGACAACAGCUAGAAGUAAAGCUUCUCGUAAAUUUAUUAAAGACUGUUAAACUUUUGGCGGUUUUUAAAAACUCUUGGCAUAUGUUCCGAUAUGGUAGUACCUAAGCUUUUACUUACAAGGAGACAUUUUUUGCCCCCGGUCUAACUUAUGAUGAAACUUUAUCGUAUUUUACUUCAGGACUUCAGAAAAAGAAAAAUAUUUAUUGAAAUAGACCUUGUUUCCGAGUUAGGAAGCUUAAAACCUCUCUAAUAAUGCUUUCUUCUAUUAAUUGUGUAAUCUGCAAAUUUUAAAGGUCUAUUAAUCGAAAAAUAAUUUAUUGCGAGAAACUUCACUCUUGCUCUGAAAUUAGGAGGUCAUAAAAUGCCUUGCAGUCCGUUUUUUGUUAAAAAUUCAACCGGAGGCCAAAAAACCUUCCCUUGCUAGAGCUUUUCAAAAAGCGCCUGAGAAUCUGGCUUUUCGUAAUUUUUAAACAACCAAAAAAUUAGAAGUAUUUCCCCAUUGAACUUCAUGAGAACAACAUAAACGUAGUUGUUAUUUUAGUUUCAAAAUUAUUCGAAGUUUUUUUUUCUGAACAGUCCACUCCGAACGAUUCCGAAAAGAUUAGCGGAUUCCAGCACCCACGCAGCGCUUCUUUUUUUCUCCUUCUUCUUGCCAUUUUCAAGUGGCACGGUGGUGUAUCACUUGGUCUUCCGAGUGGUUAUCCAAAGCGUUAACGAGCCCUUCCCCGUUCGUGCAAAUAUUUGGGAGAAGCCUAGACAACAGAAAAAGAGGAUAGAAACGGCUUGUAGAAAUGAUGAGGUGUAGAGGAAUGUUCGGCAAGGGUCAGUAGAUCAGUUUUUUUUUUUUUUCGGUCACUAUGAAAAAAAUAUGCCGAGUCAAUUCUUCUCACUAGGUCUUAUUGAAAAGUCCUAAUAUGGACUGAGAAAAUUCCCUAGUCCGUAAAAAAUCCGAAUCCGUGAAAUCUUCACAAGGCAUUCCACGUGAAUGUGCGCUCCAUUGAUAAAAAAGCUCGAAGUUCACAAAAUAUUCAAGAAUCUUAGGAAUUCCAGAAUGGUCCCUAUAGGGGUUAGGGGCCGACAAAGUGGUCCCUAUAGUGGUCGAAAAAGUGGUCCCUAUAGAGGCCGAAAAAGUAGUAUAUCCUUAUAGGUGUUUAGGGCCUGAACCCUUAGCCCCUUAAGUGGCCCCUAUAAGGGACUUUAAAAAAAGGUUAUUUGUUCAGUUUUUCGCAUGAAAAUGCUUCUUCGCCUAGAGUUCACAAAAAUUAUCGACUAGUAUGUCCCCUAUAGGGGCCACUUUUUCAAGCUUCAGUGGCCCCUAUAGGAGUAAAGUUGUCCCUAGAGUGGACCUCCCAAAGGCCCUGAGGUUGCCCCUAUAGGGACCACUCUGGAGUUCCUAAGCACUUUUUUUAGAGAUUAUUUUUUUUCGAAAGUACUGAAUAAAAAUAAAUUAUCAGAAUUGGUUCUUAUUCAAAACGUCAGUAAAAAACUGAAAAAAAAUUUUUUUUGACCUUCCGAUAAUUACCAUGAAGUUGCUGUAGUGGUCCCUAUAGGUAUUGAUGAAGUCGUCCCUAGAGGGGACCCCCUUAAGUUGCUCCUAUAGGACCACUCUGAAAAAAGUCCUUUUUCUAAUUUUUUUUUUCAAAUCCAUGAUUCCCAUUUUUCUAUGAUUAAGAGCUCUGUAGAGCCCGAAAAUCCCAAAUUUUUUUUCGAAAAUUUUUUUUUCAGCUAGCAGAUCUGAACUUGCACCUCUGGCUAGCGGCUCAGGACAUUGUCGCCAAAAUUCCGGACGAAAACUACGCCGGCGUCGCCGUCAUCGACAUUGAAGAGUGGCGGCCACUCUACAAACUCAAUUGGGGUGAUAAAAAGGUAAAUUCUGAUUCUCCUUCCAAAAAUCACGUCAUCAAAAAACAUAAACGAAAAGUUUCCCAGUUUUGAAAACAAUGAUUUUUAGUUUCUUAUGCUGUUAAUGGGCCUAGAAAUGAGAAACUUUGAGGCGGAAAACCAAUAAAAAACUGGAAGAGAACGAAAACAAUGAUUUUCUGUUUUCCUUUCAACUCACUCAUGGAAAAGUGCAUGGAAAUCUAAGGGAGAAUCGAGAUUUUUUGAUGAUUUGAUUAUAGAAUACUUAACCUUCAAAAAAACUAAAAAAAAAUCUUUUGGCCAUUAUUUCAAUCUACUCAUCGAGAAAAGGCUAAAGUUCAAGUUCAAAGGGACCAAAAUAACCUCAUGACGUUGUGAGAACUUUUAUUGCUCAUUUUAGUAAGAGAAAAGUUACUUUUUAUUUUUAAAGACCCGCUCUAACAAAAGAUUAUCUCAAUUUUGAUCAUUUUUAAGAGAAAUUUUCGAUUUUCGAUCCACUUUUUACAUUUUUUCUGAGGACGUGAUCACACCUCAUAUGACCACAUUGCUCAUGUUAGGAUGAUAGAGUGAAGAUCCUCCUAGUAACAUGAGCAAUGAGCUUUUCCCCUCCCUUUUUUAAAACUCCAGUCCAAAAAAAAGCUACCUUCAAAAAGUUUUUUUUUCGAAAUUCUUAUCAUCGUUGACUUCCUUCUGAAUGACGUCAUGGAGCUCAGAGCGCCCUAUUGCUCAUAUUAGAAAUACAGUGCAAAGUUUCGCCCAUUAACAUAAGCAAUGUUUCAAUUUGAAGCUCUUUCUCUAACUGUAAAAUAAAAAACUACACAGUAGGAUAAGAACAAAACCCCAAAAAAUACAAAUUUUUCCGAGAGAAAAAAAUCUCCCCUAGUUCAUUCCCUAUUUAAUUUUCAGGUUUAUCAACAAGAAUCGAUGCGAUUGGUGCAACAGCAGCAUCCGGGCUGGCCCGACAAUUUGAUCAAACAGCGAGCCGAGAAGGAGUUCGACAGGGCAGCCAGGUGAUUUUCAUACUUAUUUGGGAAAAAUUGAGAUUUCCCUGAGAAAAAAUGAUGAAAAUCAGAAAAUUCGCGCCUAAUCUUAUCAAACUAGAUACUUUCUUGGAUUUCAGCAUAUUCCAAAAAAAAAAAAAGCUCCUAGAUCAGUCUGGGAAAAUGUUUAGUGGCCACUUUAGGGUUUUGACGUUUUAGUGGACACUUUGGUAUCCUUGAGGAGCCUCUUAAGUGGUCACUAAAGAUUUUCCCAGUGGUGCAAAAAUUAAGGAUCCUAGAAAAAAAUUAUUAUUUUCGCAUCAUUCGAGACUAUCUUGGAUCUUAGCAUAUUCCAAAAAAAAGGUCCUAGAUCAGUCUGGGACAAUUUUCAGUGGCCGCUCUAGGGUUUUGACGUUUUAGUGGACACUUUAGUAUCCUUGAGGAACCUCUUAAGUGGUCACUAAAGAUUUUCCCAGUAGUGCAAAAUUUUCAGAUUCUAUGAGGAACAUUCUCAACUUAUUCGUUUCAAUGAAUUUAUAAAUUUUCAACUUUUUCAGUUUCUAUCAACUUUUUCGUUCUUUCAAACCUCAAAAACCCCAAAUUAUCAAUGGAGCAACAUUGCUAAACACUAAAAAACGGCCAUUUUUGCAGAGAGUUCUUUCUUGAAACGCUCCGAUUGGGAAAAAAGCUACGACCCUUGGCGAAAUGGGGCUACUAUCUGUUCCCGAUGUGCAAUGGCAACAUUCAGAAGUCGGGCGUCGGCGCUUGCAACAGAGCUUUUCAAAAAUACAAUGACGAGUGGGUUUUUUUUUUGACAAUAUUAGUGGUUAAAAAAGUUUUCAGAAAUAUAGAUUUCUUUAUAAUCCAUCUCAUGAAUUUUUGUAUUCGAUAUAAUUUUCAUCGAUAAACUACAAAAAAGGUUCAGAACUGCACUAUACUGUUUCAAAAGCAAAAAGCACUUUUUUAAACUGUUUAAUUUUCCACUUGAUCAUUUGUUCAACAAAACCAUGUUCUUCAAGAUUUUCGAAAAAAAGGAACUUCCAUCCUUCUUCUAACUCUUUUUUCCGCUUUUUUCAAAAAUCCUCGAAAAUCGCUUGGAAAAAAGCUAGUGGUCACUCAAGGGGUUCCACAAAGUCUACUUGGAGAGGUCACUAAAGUGGCCAUUCAAAUCACCUUUAUAAAAACGAAUAUUAUGCGUCUGAGUGGUCACUACAGUAGUAUGAAGUGAUCUAACACGACCACUUAUACUUGGCCACUGAUUUGACCCCUACAAUGACCACUAAAUCGUCAAAACCCUAAAGUCUCCACUAAACAUCUUCAGACUCCUCUACCUGUACCGCGAAUCAACCGCCCUAUUCCCAUCAAUCUACUACUAUAAUCAGACCAACUCUUCGGAAAACUUUUGGAACACGGCGGUUCGUUUCGGAAUCGAUAAUUGGAAGCUAUAUGAAUCUACUUUUGAUUAUCACCUGAACAAAGUUCAAAAAAAACGACAUUUACGAAUGAAACCUGGACCGUUUUUGAUUCAAAAAAGCUCAAAAAAGGUCCAAAAAAGACCGAUUUUCAGGCUGUGAUCGAUGAAACCAACCGUAUGGCUUCAUCAAUCUACCCAAGGCCGUCGGUUCUGGUUUUCACAAAAUUCGAGUAUAAUCCCUACGAUGACUGGACCAGCUUCUACUCACCGGUGGGUUUUUUUGAGAAAAAAAAUCUUUGUAAACCUGAAAAAAAAGUCAUAAAUUGGAAAAAUUGGAAGGGAAGCGACUCAAUAUAGCACUUACGUCAAGUUGCGCCCGACCCAAAACGACUUGCGCGUUAAGAUCAAAAAAAACUCAGCAGACCUGGACAAAGGAUAACCUGAUUCAAAUUUCUUAGCCAAAAAGAAUAAUCCAACUUUUCUUUCAAAAUAAUCCAACUUUUCUUUCAAAAAACUUUUCAAAAAUCGCACAUGAAACAACUCAACACAGCCGUUACUACGAGUUGCGCCGGACCCAAAACUACUUGCGCUGGGCCAUCGAAAAAUAUUAGAUCUUUUCCAAUCCUUGAGUUGGGCCAUUCGUUCCUUUGAAAUAAACAAAAAACAAAUUUAUUCGUAAAAUUUCAAUAAAAAUUACUCAAUACAACAGUUGCGCCGGACCCAAAACGACUUGCGCGUUAAGGCAUAUUAAAAAUCAUGGAACCUGGACAAAGACUGAGCUUCUUAGAAACGAGAAGUUCUGAGCCGAAAAGAAAAAUCCAGAAAAAAACUUUCCAAAACGCACAUGAAACAACUCAACACAGCCGUUUCUACGAGUUGCACCGGACUUAAAACGACUUGCGCGCUGAGCCAUCGGAAAGCAUUAUAUCUUAUUCAAUCCUCGUGUUAACCCAUUCCAAAUGCGACCUUGAAAAGAUCAAAAUUUCCAGGAAGACCUGGCCAACUCCAUCGCGACGCCAAUGCAAAUGUCGGUGGAUGGGCUCAUUUUUUGGAGCACUUCCAAGAAAAUGAAGCAACGCUGUGAAGGCGUCGCGCAGUUCGUCGAGAAAUACCUCGGACCGUGAGUCAAGUGGCUAAGAGACUUGAGAAUAGUUGAGAGGGUGCGGGGUUCGGUUCCUGCCGAGGUUUUCGCAGUAUAUCCACUAAUUCUCCUUUCAAGAAAAGCUUAGGAAUGGUCCGUAGAUCGGAAGGUUACAGGUUCAAUUCCUCUAGGCGUUUUGCAAAUUUUUUUUAAGGGCCUGUAACCCAAAAAGUCGAGAUUACUACUGAAAAGGUCCCAGGUUCGACUCCCCUGAGCGUUCUUGUUAAUUUUCCAAAGACAAAAGAGCUUCAAAAUCGGCGUUUUUGCAAACUUUUUUAAUGACCUGAAAGCCGAGAUUAUUACUAAAAGGGUCACAGGUUCGACUCCUCUCCACGUUUUUGCUAUUUUUCAUCGGAAAACUCCAAAAUGGUCCCUAGAACUUUAGCCUACUCGAAAGGUUACAGGUUCAAUUCCUCUAGGCGUUUUUGCAAAUUUUUUUUUAAGGGCCUGUAACCCAAGAAGUCGAGAUUACUACUGAAAAGGUCCCAGGUUCGACUCCCCUGAGCGUUUUUGUUAUUUUUCCAAAGACGAAAGAGCUUCAAAAUAGGCGUUUUUGCAAUUUUUUUUUAAUGACCUGUAAGCCGAGAUUACUACUGAAAAGGUCACAGGUUCGACUCCUCUCAACGUUUUUGCUAUUUUUCAUCGGAAAGCUCCAAAAUUAUCCCUAGAAGUUCAACCUACUCGAAAGAGUACAGGUUCAACUCCUCUAAGCUAUUUUCUUAUCCCCUACCCCUCCCCCAAAAUAUCCGAGUGAAGCCUCUAAAAGUCUAAUUACUAUCCAAAAAAACCACAGGCUAGGAUUUUUGAGCGAUUUUUAUGAAAAAGCUCAAUAAAGCUCCUAAAAAACCUUCAUUCAAUUAAAAAAAAGUCACAGAAAACCCGAAAAAUUCCAAUUUUCCAGAAAAUUCGCUGAAACCAGCGUCGCCCUGAGCAAUUGCGGCGUUCGUUUAUGCUCGGGACGUGGAAUUUGUUUUUUGAAGAAGGCAAGACCGUGAGUUUUCAUUUAUUCCGAUGGUAUUUUCUUUGAAAAAUCGGAAAAUUGGACCUUGAACUGAGAAAAUGUUGAUAAAAAAGGAUCACAGAACGCAAAAUUUCCGACUUCUUGUUCAAAUUUUGAAAAAAAAAACUUUAUUUUUACACUCGGACAUUGGUAAAAAGAACCGGCCAUGUCUGAGUACUCCUAGGGAUCACUUGAGAGUUCUGACGCCCCUAAAGUGGUCACUAGAAAGGCAAAGGCACCUCCGGCUCACGUUACCAACUUCUGAGCGAUUCUAGGGAUCACUUGAGAGUCCAGACACCCCUUAAGUGGUCACUAAAAAUGCCCCGACCAGCCCGAUUCAUGUUACAAAUUUCUGAGCAAUUCUAGGGAUCACUUGAGAGUUCUGACGCCCCUAAAGUGGUCACUAGAAAGGCAAAGGCACCUCCGGCUCACGUUACCAACUUCUGAGCGAUUCUAGGGAUCACUUCAGAGUCCAGACACCCCUUAAGUGGUCACUAAAAAUGCCCCGACCAGCCCGAUUCAUGUUACAAAUUUCUGAGCAAUUCCAGGGAUCACUUUAGAGUUCUGACACCCCUUUAAUGGUCACUAGAAAUGCUAAGACACGUUCGGUUCACGUUACCAACUUCUGAGCAAUUUUAGGGAUCACUUAAGAGUUCUGAAAUCUCUUAAGUAGUCCCUAGAAACGCCCCGACUAGCCCGAUUCACAUUGCCAGUUUCUAAGCAAUCGUAGGGAUCACUUAAGAGUUCUGACGCCCCUAAAGUGGUCACUAAAAAUGGCCUGACGCGUCCGGAUCGUGUUAGCGAUUUCUGAGCGAUUCUAGGGAUCACUUAAGAGUUCUGACGCCCCUAAAGUGGUCACUAAAAAUGCUCCGACAAGCCCGAUUCACGUUCCAACUUCUGAGCGUUUCUAGAGAUCACUUAAGAGUUCUGACGCCCCUAAAGUGGUCCCUAGAAAUGGCCUGACGCGUCCGGAUCGUGUUAGCGAUUUCUGAGCGAUUCUAGGGAUCACUUAAGAGUUCUGACGCCCCUAAAGUGGUCACUAAAAAUGCUCCGACAAGCCCGAUUCACGUUCCAACUUCUGAGCGUUUCUAGAGAUCACUUAAGAGUUCUGACGCCCCUAAAGUGGUCCCUAGAAAUGGCCUGACGCGUCCGGAUCGUGUUAGCGAUUUCUGAGCGAUUCUAGGGAUCACUUAAGAGUUCGGACGCCCCUAAAGUGGUCACUAGAAAUGCCCCGACCAGCCCGAUUCAUGUUACAAAUUUCUGAGCAAUUCCAGGGAUCACUUUAGAGUUCUGACACCCCUUUAAUGGUCACUAGAAAUGCUAAGACACGUUCGGUUCACGUUACCAACUUCUGAGCAAUUUUAGGGAUCACUUAAGAGUUCUGAAAUCUCUUAAGUAGUCCCUAGAAACGCCCCGACUAGCCCGAUUCACAUUGCCAGUUUCUAAGCAAUCGUAGGGAUCACUUAAGAGUUCUGACGCCCCUAAAGUGGUCACUAAAAAUGCUCCGACAAGCCCGAUUCACGUUCCAACUUCUGAGCGUUUCUAGAGAUCACUUAAGAGUUCUGACGCCCCUAAAGUGGUCCCUAGAAAUGGCCUGACGCGUCCGGAUCGUGUUAGCGAUUUCUGAGCGAUUCUAGGGAUCACUUAAGAGUUCUGACGCCCCUAAAGUGGUCACUAAAAAUGCUCCGACAAGCCCGAUUCACGUUCCAACUUCUGAGCGUUUCUAGAGAUCACUUAAGAGUUCUGACGCCCCUAAAGUGGUCCCUAGAAAUGGCCUGACGCGUCCGGAUCGUGUUAGCGAUUUCUGAGCGAUUCUAGGGAUCACUUAAGAGUUCGGACGCCCCUAAAGUGGUCACUAAAAAUGCCCCGACCAGCCCGAUUCAUGUUACAAAUUUCUGAGCAAUUCUAGGGAUCACUUUAGAGUUCGGACGCCCCUAAAGUGGUCACUAGAAAUGCCCUGACCAUGCUCGAUUUUCGUUACCAACUUCUGAGCGAUUCUAGGGAUCACUUUAGAGUUCUGACGCCCCUAAAGUGGUCACUAAAAAUGCCCCGACCAGCCCGAUUCAUGUUACAAAUUUCAGAGCAAUUCUAGGGAUCACUUUAGAGUUUUGACGACCCUAAAGUGGUCACUAGAAAUGCUAAGGCACAUUCGCGUUACCAACGCCCAAUCAGUUUUUAAUUCAAAAAUGGUUGUCCAUGGAGCAAACUUGCCUCGCUCUAUUUUAAAAAUUAUUUUCUACAGUACCCCAUCGGUGGAGGACUUCUCCUGCGACUGCAACAAGCCCUACUACGGUGACCAUUGCGAGUACGAGGCGACCCAAAGAGGCCUACCGUACCCCUUCGACUACGGUACCACCUACAAUCUUCCCUACUAUUCUGAAUACGUCGGAAACGACAUUGUUGAUUGAAAACCAUGUUACUGUACAUUUUUCCUGUAAUUUGCCAUCUUGUCAAUCCUUUCUAGUCAUUCUCCUUCUACGGGACCUCUACUCUCGAUUUUCCUCUUCUAUACUUUAAUUUUCCAGUUUACGGGUGCGGUUUUUUUCUUUUCUUAAUAAUUAUGGGUCAAGCUUUCUUGUCAAUCUUCUCAUUUAGAAAUAAAUAUAUCUUCGGAAUAUUUUUUAGAUUCCAAGUCAUCAAAACAGAGGCUGCAAUAAGAAACAAGCCACAGAAAAACAGCUGGAAAAUGAAAAAAUGAAAAAAUUCAACUUCAUCUUGAACUAAAGGUUUCAAAAAAUCUACAGAAAUUGCGCAAAUUUCACGUUUUCAAUCAAAUAAAUUCAAAAAAAGUGACCAAUAUCUGUAACUUCAUUUCUUUCGAAGGCUAUCCAACGACUCGCGGUUCCCUGGAGGUUUCUUUUUGCUCAUAAAAAAACCCCUUUCAUCAAAUUUUCAAAAAAGUACUUCUAUGAGGGUCGGGACAUGUAGGAAAAUUAGGAUUCGCUCCAAAAUAGUUCAUUUUUGAGUUUACAAGGAAGAUUAUUAUUUUUUGUGGUUGGGAACUUGCUGAAAAUCGGUCAUAACACUUCUCAACAUACCGUAUCACGAUUCUGAAAGCCUCAAACUGCAAAACUUUCUAUUUUUUGAGAAACGACGCCUCAAAGUCGAAAAAUCCGUUAAAAUAAGCUACAGUACUGGCCAUAAAAGGUAUUUCAAAGUGGUUAUUCGAGCAUAACUUCUCUGAAAGUGACUCAAAUGACUUGGAACUUCGCACAGAUUUCAAAUAGCUACGCAGUACGCUCUCUCCCAAAAGACGAACUCAUUUUCUCGAGUCAGACCGGAUUUGAAAGCAAAAAACCAAAACUCGUGAAAAUGAAGAUUUUUCUCUUGAGAUUCGAAAAAUCAUAUCUUCAAAGAAACUUCGAUUUUGAAUCAGAAACUUUCAUGCCCGGUGAAACAAGUCUUGGGCUUUCCAAAAAACCGGAUCAGGCCCUUACCAACCCGAUAGUAAGAGCGUAGUGACUUUUUCUUUGGAAGGCCUUUUUCGUAUUGACGCCUCGUCAUUCAAAUGGACUAUACGAGGUCAUUUUUGUUUGAGAACACCCUGUUUCAUGUUGAAAAACUUUAAAAUACCCUCAAGAAUAGUUUUACACUGAUUUCUUCAGCUUUCUCACUUUAUCCUCUCUCCAGAACUCGCUUACUUCACUAGGUCUGAUUCUGAAACCUCUGAUUUGAAGCGGUUAUGCUCGUUUUUCAAAUCAGAACAUUCUCGAUUAAAAACUUUUUCAGAACGAUGAUGUAUUUUUGGGGCUCUGAGCCCUUAUUUCUUAAAAACUGGAAAAUUGUGCUGGUUCCAACUUUCAGGAUAUUCAUAAGGUUCAUCAUGAUCUGUUCUGGCCAAAUUUCAAGGAAUUCCCAACCGUAAAGUGAAAGGACCACCUUGUUAGAUCCUUUUUUUUCAAUUCAAGGCCUUUUCUGCUUCUCCAAAUGAAAGUCUAACCUCGUUAAUUUCAACCGAAUUUCUAGCAAAUCCAUUGAAAAUAUCACCUAAUUUGAAAAAUCAUGUAGUCUCGCCAAUCUGUGACAAAGCUUGUUCAAAAAUCCCAGUCGAGCUUAUUAACACGCUGUCUCCGUUAUUCUCAAAAACAACGGGUACAAUAAAAAAAAAUAUUUUUUGAUUUGGAUGAAACUUCAUCCAGUGCGAUAACCCAUCAUCAGAAAUGCGGACGCAAAUUUUUGAGCCAUUCCCUCCUACUGUAGCCGGGUUACGGUAGGCAGGUUGGCACCUGCGUAUCUCAGUAUUGAAGAGUUUUUUUACUAGGCAAGUUAUAUAUCAAUCGAUAGGUAAUCCAAUUUCAAGAACUUUUACAGUACAUACCAUCUUGGAUUACGGUCGAAAAAUUUUGAGUUACGGUACUUUUUGUGUCUGCCCAGUCAGUUUUUCGACCACCAUGAGCUUGAGCCAGGAGAUCCAUUCUUCCUAACUUCUCAAAAGAUACCUUAUGAGAAGCUCUACAAGCUGGUACUAAUUUGAAAAAAUCCUAGGUGGACCAUCAUUUCGAAAAAUCGCCCCGAAGGCGCGCAAUCGUAGUCUUGCGGCGGCCAAGUGGGUGAAGUCCAUGAUGCCUGACGGCUCAUUCUUCAGAGAUCCAUUCCAAUCUUUGUUUCCAUUUUACUCAUAGAUAUCUAUUAUUGACUUUUAUUUCAAUUUGAGAUGUUUUCGGGUUGACCAUCAUCUCGAAAUUUCAUUUUGAACCCAAAUUUGGCCUGAAAAGGGUCGACACGGCUUCUUUCACGGGAUCCCUGACCACGUAUGUGACCGUUCUCAACUUUUUUCUUUCUUAAACAUGAACAAGAGUGUCUGAACAACAAGUCUUCCUCUUCAAAAUUUUCUCCUUUUUCUUCAACCGCUCUUCUCGAUCGAAAGUUUUUCUUUUUGUCUGCGAAUCUGGAAAAGUAUCCUGCAAUUUGUUUUGCCGAGAUGUGGUCGUGAGGAGGAAAAAAAAAAGAGAUCCGUCGCUUUUUCUACUGUUCACUAUCAGUUUUUCUACAUCUCGUGGGUCCAUGAGUCAAAAAAGUUGAGAACGGUCACAUACGGGGUCAGGGAUUCCGUGAAAAAAGCCGUGUCGACCCUUUUCAGGCCAAAUUUGGGUUCAAAAUGAAAUUUCGAGAUGAUGGUCUUCUCAAAAGGGUUUCUGAUUGUUAUAAAACUGUUGUUUAGACACUCUUGUUCAUGUUUAAGAAAGAAAAAAGUUGAGAACGGUCACAUACGUGGUCAGGGAUCCCGUGAAAGAAGCCGUGUCGACCCUUUUCAGGCCAAAUUUGGGUUCAAAAUGAAAUUUCGAGAUGAUGGUCCUUUCAAAAGGGUUUCUGAUUGUUAUAAAACUGUUGUUUAGACACUCUUGUUCAUGUUUAAGAAAGAAAAAAGUUGAGAACGGUCACAUACGUGGUCAGGGAUCCCGUGAAAGAAGCCGUGUCGACCCUUUUCAGGCCAAAUUUGGGUUCAAAAUGAAAUUUCGAGAUGAUGGUCAACCCGAAAACAUCUCAAAUUGAAAUAAAAGUCAAUAAUAGAUAUCUAUGAGUAAAAUGGAAACAAAGAUUGGAAUGGAUCUCUGAAGAAUGAGCCGUCAGGCAUCAUGGACUUCACCCACUUGGCCGCCGCAAGACUACGAUUGCGCGCCUUCGGGGCGAUUUUUCGAAAUGAUGGUCCACCUAGGAUUUUUUCAAAUUAGUACCAGCUUGUAGAGCUUCUCAUAAGGUAUCUUUUGAGAAGUUAGGAAGAAUGGAUCUCCUGGCUCAAGCUCAUGGUGGUCGAAAAACUGACUGGGCAGACACAAAAAGUACCGUAACUCAAAAUUUUUCGACCGUAAUCCAAGAUGGUAUGUACUGUAAAAGUUCUUGAAAUUGGAUUACCUAUCGAUUGAUAUAUAACUUGCCUAGUAAAAACUCUUCAAUACUGAGAUACGCAGGUGCCAACCUGCCUACCGUAACCCGGCUACAGUAGGAGGGAAUGGCUCAAAAAUUUGCGUCCGCAUUUCUGAUGAUGGGUUAUCGCACUGGAUGAAGUUUCAUCCAAAUCAAAAAAUAUUUUUUUUUAUUGUACCCGUUGUUUUUGAGAAUAACGGAGACAGCGUGUUAAAGGCGCAUGGGCAAGUUCUCAUAAAAGUUUCAAGGCGAAAAGUCCUUAACAUGUAAUUUUCGAGCACUGCGUCUUCGAAAAGUCUAUGAAAAGUUUAUUAUUACAUCUUCCAGACUUUUUUAUUAAUUUAGAGUCCAAAAAAAUUUUUCCAAAAAAAAAAAAUUCAGAAUGAAUGUAAAACCACAAGAGCCGUCGCUGAGGAAACCAGGAGAUCGGGUUCUUAUUCGGGACCGUUGCGGCCUACUCAUAUCGUUGAAGGUUUAAAAAAUGCUAUAAAAACUUCAUGGUCGCACUUGGAAUGGUUCAACUCCUGAGUGGCCUUUUUGGAUCUUCAAAAAAAAAAAAUCAAAAAAAGGCCUUCAUUUCUAUCGUCUUUUUCUCAUUGAAAACUUCAUUAAGAAAAGUCCAAAAACCAUCUUUUUAGAGUACUUUUUGCGACCGACCAUGAAACGGUUUACGCUUAUUUGGUAGAUUUGAAAAAUGAUCAAAAUCUCAAACUUGAAUUGUUCCACUGUACAAAACUUCAGCAAAUUGAUAAAUUUACUAGGUACUACUACUUGGUAACGCGCUCCGGACACUUCUAGGGAUCCCUUAAGUGUUCUGAAACCCAUAAGUGGCCACUAGGAAAGCUCCGACACAGGCCGGUUCGCAGGCCCGAGUAAUAAAUGAAUUAACGGAAGUAUAGCGAAAAAUACAGUAUUUUAUCCAACUAAAAACGUCAACAAAAAUCCAAAAAAUCGAUAAAUUGGAGAUUAUUAAAAGGUAAUCAUAAAAUUCACAAAAUUUCGGGAAAAAUAUUUCAAAACUUCCCCUUUUUUUGAAAUCGUCAAAUUGAUCAUAUUUUCUUUCUAUAGGUCAUUCCGCGCCAGCUUGUCACGAUUUUUAACUUUCCUCAGAGCUACGGAAACCCUUUCGGCGCUUCGCUUCGAUGCUCUCGGUGUUCCCCCCUGCAUGCGCCUUUAAUAAAAACAUCAUUUCUGAUUCAGAUAUUGCUUCAAUUUCCUCUAUCUUUUUUUAAUUAAUUUACGAGGUCGUUUUUCAAUGGGCUGAUUUCAUUUUUUUCGCUUUAACUAUACGCACUCAGAUUCUGUGCUGGAUUUAAAAAAAGAAAAUCAAGAAGAUUGAAUUACUACUUUUUAAUUAUUAUCAAUGAAACCGACUGUUUGAGCUUUUUUUGGGUUAGUUUGAUAUAAAAUUUGAUGUUACAACUGUUUUUGUAGAAUAAGAAAAUUCCAAAGUUCGGAAAUAAUGAGUUUUAUUAAAGGCGCACGCAAGAGGGCACACCGAGAACAUCGAAGCGAAGCGCCGAAAAGGCUACUCUAGCUCCAAAUAAACUGAAAAUCGUGACAAGCUGGCGCGGAAUGACCUAUACUACACUACAAUAGGAAAACUUUCAAAUAAUCAAAGCCAUCAUCAAAAUUUCCAGGGUCUCUGGCCCUUAUCCGACGCAGAAGAGGAGCCACGUCGUUGGACGGGCAGCAUUAUUCUGAACUCGUCCGAAUUAGGUACUUGUACGAAAUUUGCAAUAUUUCGACUGGAAUUAAGCCAUGGAUUUUUAAAUUAUCGUUUAAAACACGAUGAAAUGAAUUAGUCGAGGAUAAAGGCAGAUCUUAUCAGCUCCUUUUUCAUUAACAGAAUCCGAAAAAUUUCAUUUUCAAACUCCAAAAAAAACUCUAUAAACCGUGUUUUUCAGCUAUUAGUAAUACAUGUCUGUAGAACUUACAGCGAAAACUUGGAAAAGUCAAAAUAGUUCAAAAGCAUUUUUUUGUAUGAGUAUAGGACAAAAGCGCCGAUUCCAAGAGCGCCGUUCAAAUUUUGCGCCGGUCCGCAAUGCGCCGUCGCGUGUAUGCGCCGUGUAUGCAGACGCCGCUUUCUUUUGCGCCGAGUCCGUUUGCGCCGAAUCGUUUUGCGCCGUUAUUUCAAACUUUUUAUUUAUUCGCUCUUUUUUUAUAUUAUUUUUUUAAUAAUUGUUUACUACACAUUCAUAUACGACUCGAAUAAUUUUUCGCGCCAUCCGUUAAUGAUGAGUUUUAGGUCCACUUUGGUCCAGGUAAAAUAUUUUUUUCCCCUUUUUUUCUUUUUCAAAGUAAAAAAAUAAAAAAAGCAAAUAUGCUUUUUCUGAUUUCGAAAAAAAUACAGAAAACGUAAGGAAAAAGAGAAUGGAUAAAAAAAUUAUUGCUUUAAACGACAUAUUGAGUGAUUUUUUUGUGAUUGCAAAUUUUUCUGCGUUAGGUAAGGCAAAGUUUCAAUUCUAGCAGACGUGAAACAGCAGAAAAUCGUUUUUUUCGUAACGUUGAACUCAUUUUUCUUGAAACAAUAGUUCGAGUUUUUUUCGAAAAUGCGGCAGAAAAGUCCAUAUUAACAGAUGGCGCGAAAAAUUAUUCGAGUCGUAUAUGAAUGUGUAGUAAACAAUUAUUGAAAAAAAUAAUAUAAAAAAAGAGCGAGUAAAUAAAAGUUUGAAAUAACGGCGCAAAACGAUUCGGCGCAAACGGACUCGGCGCAAAAGAAAGCGGCGUCUGCAUACACGGCGCAUACACGCGACGGCGCAUUGCGGACUGGCGCUAAAUUUGAACGGCGCUCUUGGAAUCGGCGCUUUUGUCCUAUACUCUUUUGUAUUUUGUAUCACAAUUCUAUUACCCCGGCCGAAAUUUACUAAAAAAAACCACGCUUUUUCGCUUUUCGAGAUUUUUAUCGAGGCAAACUUGUCGGAAGCCAAUUUGUAAACCCUAAAAAGCGGAAGAAGCCCUUUUGAAUUCCAGAAUUUCCCCGUGUCGAGUACAAACUACGGGCUCACACGAGAAGACGUUGCCGGGAUGACGUCAUCUGUUCCCACGGCGUCGGCGUCAUCAAAAAGGACGAUAUCGUCGUGGUUAACGUUAGUUUUUACCACGGAUGAAAGGGCACGCUAUUUGACUUUGCCAAUUGGUUUUUUUUUUUCUGUCUAGUGACCUUUCUCUAAGGCAAAAGACAAAAAAACGUACAAAAUGAGCGUCCCUCAGCAAUAUUUGGUCUCCUGGUGAUCCCUCAGAAAAUCGCUUAGACCCUGAAAGAGGAGAAAAUUAAUUGUGUAUAAAAACAUGUGUAUUGAAUUUAAGGGGUCCCUAUAGGGGUCAGGGAGAAAAUAAACCCUACAGAGGCCAAAAAGUGAGCUCUAUAGGGGUUUAGGAUCGGACCGCUAAGCCGAGAAGUGAUUACUAUGUUUUCUUCAGAGGCCACCAACUAAGACCCCUUAAGUGACCCUUUUUUCAAGGUGCCAUUAUAUGGAAUAGGUAGAGUGGUCCCUAGAGGGAAGCCUUCAAGUGCUUUUAAGGUUGCCCCUAAAGAGACAACUCUGAAGCUCCUGAAGAAAUAAAGUCUGCAUCAGGCGGUGUAUACGUACUCUCUGCCGACCGUAACUCAAAAAUUCCACAUUUCCUCGUUUUUGAAAAAAUCGAAUCGUUCCAGUAUCAAAUGCCGGAAGAAGCCAUUUCGGUGACGUCAUUGACACUGAUUGUCGACGGAUCGCCGCACGACGUACCACUUUACAAGGAGCAUAAGGCCGAUUAUUACUGGCUUGGCUACGACACUCGAGGUGGUCACUUGAGGGAUUUUUUUUUUUGAAGGCACUUCUCGUAUCAUGAAGUGUAACAGGAAAAAAAGUUUUUCACUCAAAUUUUUUUCAGAAACUUACCUAUGCUCCUUUAAAAACCCCAGCAAAAUCCUGUGAAAAAUUAAUAAUUUUCAAAAAAAACCACUCAAGAUUUAGUGAAGGAUUAGGGAUCCAUCUGACGUUUUGUUAAGGAGUUAUAUUAAUGGGAUUAGCUUUUCAAAUGGAAAAAUAAUAGACUGCGGGGGAGGCCAAAAUUCGGAUUAUGUGCUUGAUUAAAAGCUAUAGUUCAUCCAUCUCUGGCAGAACAUUUUCAAGAAAGUUCGAAAGAUCACAAAAGAUGAUGUUUAGACGUCUCUGUAAGCUUUUUGCUGAAGCUAGCCAAUUUUCAAAAAAAUCUGUAGGUUACUGUAUAUCGUGCCAGGACCCUUAUGUUAAAAAAUGCCAUAAUCCUUCAAUUAUUUCGAAGAAAAAAGAGGGGAUUUCAAAAAAAUUCUCUCGCUUAUCUAUUUGAGCCAGACUAUGGUUAUGGGCUUGGUUGCGCUGAGAAUGGCUCAAGUUGCCAUUUGCAACCGACUUAAAACGGUCUGCGCCCUUGGGCAUCGAAAGAUAAUGAGACAAGAGCUUCCAAUCCAACCACGACGCUUUAGAGUCUCAAGCAGAGAUCACGAAAUUGUCAAAAAUUGGUCUGAUGAGGGAUUUUAGAGAAAUUAGUGUAUUUUUGGUCGGAGUGGAUCGAAUUUUAGUUCAAUAACCGAUUUAAAAAAAUUCAAGCACUAAUUUUGAACUUUUCGUUUCAAAAAAUAUUCCCUAGCCCCUUUCUUUUUCCCUCGAAUACCUGGCCUAUGAUAAGCAAAAUCGGAAGGACCCUUUACGGGCCCUUUGAGCGUCCGUUAUUGUUCCUAAACGGGUGGCAACGGUUUCCUUUCUACUGCCUUUUUCCGUCCUUUCAUCGACCUUUAUCCGCCCUUUUUGGACCCUUUGGAGAACGAAACAUUUUUUAAAUUGAGAUAAGACUUUACCAGUGACUGUGUAUGAACCAAAAUGUGCUACAGUAAUGUAAUCGGAAAUAAUCAAUGACCGAGAUUUUCAGCACCCUUUUUGCGGCCAUUUUGCGGCCUUUUAGCGGCCAUUUUGCAGCCUCUCCCUUUUUUCACCCUUUUUGAGGCUUUUCAGCCCACCAAGAAAAAAAGGCUCAAUAAAAGCCGCAAAACGGAAACCUUUUAGCGGCCAUUUUGCAGCCUCUCCCUUUUUUCACCCUUUUUAGCCCACCAGGAAAAAAAGGCUCAAUAAAAGCCGCAAAACGGGACCCUUUCAGCGGCCAUUUUGCAGCAUCUCCCUUUUUUCACCUUUUUUAGCGCACCAAAAAAAAAGGCUCAAUAAAGGCCGCGAAACGGAACCCUUCUAGUGGCCAUUUUCCAGUCACUCCCUCUUUUCCACACUUUCGACGGCAGUGGGAUGAGCCACAAACAUUCGUACCGAAAGAUGACUAGCUCUAAUGUUCCCCCUACAACCUUGAGUCACAUUGCGCGGCGGACGUCAACAAAAAAGCAAUUUUUUUCGUGGUAGUCGCAAAAUUGGCGGUUUUGAGAGUUGGGCCCGGUAAUUACCGUCUAGGUUAACGUUAAAGCUGACGUCACUUCCAAAACUCAUUUUUUUCCCCCUUUAAAGUUCCGACGCUCAAAGAACUGGCGGUAGUACGGCCGGCUCCGACGUCAGUCUCGCCGAUGACGUCACCGAUGACGCCGACGCCAAAGGCCGUGCCGCAGGGCAGCUUUGCCCGGGUGGACAGUCUACCUGUCGGAUUGAAGAACUACCUGUUGGUGGGUUCGAGAGGUCACUUAAGGGAUGCAAGUGAUUUCAUAACUUAGCUUCUCACCAUCAACCAACUUUUUUUUUGAAAUUGAAAAAUUCCCUUUGGUUGAGGGGUUCCUAGAGAAGUUAACUCGAACAUUUAGUUGAGGAGUGGAAGUGGUCACUUAAGUGAUGAAUCGUGCAGGAAAAAAUUGCAGUAAAUUGGACGUGUCUUAGCAUUUAUAGGGACCACCUUAGGGGUCUCAAAACUCUUAAGUGAUCCCUAGAAUCGCUCAGAAGUCGGUAACACGAUCCGGACGCGUCAGGCCAUUUCUAGAGACCACUUUAGGGGCGUCAGAACUCUUAAGUGAUCUCUAGAAACGCUCAGAAGUUGGAACGUGAAUCGGACUUGUCGGGGCAUUUUUAGUGACCGCUUUAGGGAUGUCUGAACUCUUAAGUGAUCCCUAGAAUCGCUCAAAAGUCGGUAACACGAUCCGGACGCGUCGGGGCAUUCCUAGGGAUCACUUUAGGGGUGUCAGACCUCUUAAGUGAUUCCUAGAAUCGCUCAGAAGUCGGUAACACGAUCCGGAAGCGUCGGGGCAUUUCUAGUGACCAUUUUAGGGAUGUCAGAACUCUUAAGUGAUCCCUAGAAUCGCACAGAAACGUCCGCUUCGUGUUCACUCAGUACUGGAUAAAUCACUUCCCAGAGCUUCCCAAGUAAUUGAAGACCUUAACUUUCAUAAUAAGCUUCUUUAGUUGCUCUAGCUCAUCCCUUAAAAGUAUAAAUAAAUCUUAAAUUUAUCUACGUAACCAUUCCAAAGCUCAUAUCUCCUAACAUUCAGGGCUGUGACGGUCUCGACUCUGUCUGCCGGUUAGUACUGCCCCACGUGAAGUUGCUUUUCCGAGAGCUGGCCGAGCAUCCGACGAGCUCCAGAAAGUUCAUGGACCUCGACGCUGAUCAUAAUCUCGGAGAAGGUCUAGUGGCCCGAAACCUCGUGGGUCACUGGAUCGAGUUCAGCGUUCACUGAAGAAGUCCUACGUCGAUUCCAUGACAGCAAUCGGGAGGAUUUCCCCACGACGCCUGCCCUUUUCAAAUGA